UGUUCUGCCGUCUCUGUCGUUGUGGUGCGACCAAAGCUGAGUUAGACUGAAGAUGGCUGCAGGCAAGGCACAAAUUGGAAAGCUGGCCCCAGACUUUAAAGCUAAGGCGGUGAUGCCGAGCGGACAGUUCCAGGACCUGAAGCUGUCAGACUACAGAGGGAAAUAUGUUGUGUUUUUCUUCUACCCUCUGGACUUCACCUUCGUGUGUCCGACUGAGAUCAUCGCUUUCAGUGACGCCGCCGAGGACUUCAGGAAGAUCGGCUGUGAGGUCAUCGCCGCCUCGACUGACUCACACUUCUCCCACUUCGCAUGGACCAACACACCACGAAAGCAGGGCGGCCUGGGAGCCAUGAAGAUUCCCCUGGUAUCCGACACACGGCGCACCAUCUCCACAGAUUACGGCGUCCUAAAGGAGGACGAGGGCAUCGCCUUCAGGGGUUUGUUCAUCAUUGAUGACAAAGGCAUCCUGAGACAGAUCACCAUCAACGACCUCCCAGUUGGACGCUCCGUUGAUGAGACCAUGCGAUUGGUCCAAGCCUUUCAGUUCACCGACAAGCACGGAGAAGUCUGCCCGGCUGGCUGGAAACCAGGAAGUGACACCAUCAAACCUGACGUCCAGAAGAGCAAAGACUUCUUCUCCAAGCAGUAAUAAAGCCAAGGCCAUGGUCUGCAGCCUGCUGUAGGAGAUUUCAUUUAGAGAUUAUAUUUCCAGAGAACAAUAUUUAAGUCAGCCACUGUGCCUGUGGAGCUGCGGUUAUGUUGUCAUCAUGAUGUAGUGUUCUGUUGUCUGUGGUGUUGAUGGUGCACUUAUGACCAAAGUAUCAUUGUGUAAUUAUGUUGUGGUUUGUUUGCUGUUUUCACUGUCAGACAGAUAAAUGUCUGUUUUUUUCUGACAUGUCAUUCCUUACUAUUAUUAGGUUCAAAGGUCCAUAUAGUCCAAAUCGUUUUAUUGGAAUGUAGCCCCAAGCACCUCUCUAAAUUAUGUUGUGUUUUUUUUUGUUUUUGUUUUUUACAGUGAAAAACAUGUUCUUUCAUCUUAAUAAAGAAUACAGUUUAUAACACUC